AUGAUAAUUGAUACACCAGAAGUACAAGAUAUCAAUUCUUUUUCCCGAUUGGAAUACUUAAAAGAGGUUUAUGGGAUCAUAUGGAUGCUUGUACCUAUUUUUACUCCUGUAUUGGGAAUCACAAUAGGUGUACUAGCAAUUGUGUGGUUAGAAAGAGAAAUAUCCGCAGGGAUACAACAACGUAUUGGACCUGAAUAUGCCGGUCCUUUGGGAAUUCUUCAAGCUCUAGCAGAUGGCACAAAACUACUUUUCAAAGAGAAUCUUCUUCCAUCUAGAGGAGAUACUCGUUUAUUCAGUAUCGGACCAUCCAUAGCAGUCAUAUCAAUUCUACUAAGUUAUUUAAUAAUUCCUUUUGGCUCUAACCUUGUUCUAUCCGAUCUCAAUAUCGGUGUUUUUUUAUGGAUCGCCAUUUCAAGUAUUGCUCCCAUUGGACUUCUUAUGUCAGGAUAUGGAUCAAAUAAUAAAUAUUCCUUUUUAGGUGGUCUACGAGCUGCUGCUCAAUCAAUUAGUUAUGAAAUACCAUUAACUCUAUGCGUGUUAUCAAUAUCUCUAUUAUCUAACAGUUCAAGUACAGUUGAUAUAGUUGAGGCGCAGUCAAAAUAUGGUUUUUGGGGGUGGAAUUUGUGGCGUCAACCUAUAGGGUUUAUCGUUUUUCUAAUUUCGUCCCUAGCCGAAUGCGAAAGAUUGCCUUUUGAUUUACCAGAAGCAGAAGAAGAAUUAGUAGCAGGUUAUCAAACCGAAUAUUCGGGUAUCAAAUUUGGUUUAUUUUACGUUGCUUCUUAUCUAAAUCUACUAGUUUCUUCAUUAUUUGUAACAGUUCUUUACUUGGGAGGUUGGGAUCUCUCUAUUCCGUACAUAUUUGUUCCUGAGUUUUUUGAAAUAAAUAAAGCGGGUGAAGUCUUUGGAACGACAAUUGGUAUCUUUAUUACAUUAGCCAAAACUUAUUUGUUCUUGUUCAUUCCUAUCACAACAAGAUGGACUUUACCUAGGCUGAGAAUGGACCAACUAUUAAAUCUUGGAUGGAAAUUUCUUUUACCUAUUUCUCUAGGUAAUCUAUUAUUAACAACUUCUUCCCAACUCCUUUCACUGUAA